AUGUCGUCCGUUGCCCUUCGUCUCUCCACUCGAAGCUCCUUAUUUUCCGCAACCGAUCCUUCCUUCUCCCUCCCCCCUUCCUCUCGCAGCAGCAGCAGCGGUAGCGUCAGCCGUCCCGGAACCCCCACCCCUCAAGCCCCCUCGCCCGCUCCUUCCUCUUCCCCACCUGCCCGUUGCCCCCCCCCUUUUCUCUCGUGCCUUCCAGUCUCCUUUCUUCGGGCAGCCAGCACGGUGGGCGCAGCAGCAGCUGCCAGCAAGGUCCUGGGCCUCAUGCGAGAGAUGGUGCUUGCUGCUGCCUUUGGCGUUGGUCCAGUCAUGACUGCUUUCAGGUGGGCUGAGGUUCUUCCUGCAUUUGGCGUUGGUCCAGUCAUGACUGCCUUCAGUUAUGCGUCGCUCAUCCCAACCUUCUGCCUGUCGCUGCUCGGAGGUGUAAACGGUCCCUUUCACAGCGCCAUUGCCUCGGUCCUAAGCAAAGCUGCUGAGAAGGAUACUGGGAAAGACAGUGAGAAGGAUACUGGGAAAGACAGUGAGAAGGGUCGGGGAAGGAGCAGCCUGAAUGCAGCGAGGAUGCAGCAGGAGCUGCUGGUCCUGGUGUCGGUGCUCGUAGCCCUGGCGUCAAUAGUCGCAGCAGUGCUGAUUUUCCUCUGUGCACGACCCAUUAUUGAUCUUCUUGCACCCGGCCUCUCUUUCCCUCCAGCAGCCGUUGCGAGUGAUCCAUCAGCAGUGGCAUCGUUCGCCCUGACUCGCCAUGUCGCCAUCUCACAGCUGCAACAAAUGGCCCCCACCAUCGCCCUCGCUCCUCUCAUCGGCAUCGGCUUUGGAACUCUCAGUGCAAGAGGGGAGUUUGCCAUUCCGUCCCUCUCCCCUUCUCUCUCCAGCCUCUCAGUUCUGCUCGGGAUUGCUGUCUACUUCGCCUUGUGUCGCUGGUCUCCCGUUGCCUCACCUCAACGCGAGAUCAUAGGUGGAACGUGUCUGGCUGUCAGCUUCACUGCCGGUGCUCGCCUGCUGCUGGUGUGGAACGUGUCUGGCUGUCAGCUUCACUGCCGGUGCUCUCCUGCAGUGGCUGAUUCAGGUGCUCUCGCUCACUUUCAGGUGCUCUCUUCUCCUUUCAGCGAGCAACUGAGAGAGGUCUUUGGCGUUCUGAUUCCAGCAACAGUUGCAUCGGGCAUGCUUCAAAUCGCCACCUUCACCGACCUCUACUUUGCUUCCUUCCUUCCCGGCACUGCUGCUGCUCUCGGCUAUGCCAAUCUGCUGGUCAUGGCACCGCUUGGUAUUCUCUCCACCGCCCUCCCCGUGCCUCCUCUUGUCAUUGUCCCCUCUUCAAUCCCUACCCUUCCCUGUUCCCCCAACCUACCCCCCCUUUUGCUCCUCCCCUUCCCAGACGCCAAUCUGCUGGUAAUGGCACCGCUUGGGAUUCUCUCCACCGCCCUCCUCGUGCCGCUGCUGCCUGCCUUUGCUCGUCUCGCUCAUCCUAAGGAUCGACCUCUCUUGAAGGAUAGCUUGCGACGAGGGCUGGUCAUGGCACUGGCCGUGACUCUCCCGAUGACAGCUGUCAUGCUCCCAUUGGCCCGUCCCAUCGUGCGCAUUGUCUUCCAACGACGCUCCUUUGAUGCCUCUGCCACCUCCCUCGUCUCCUCGCUGCUCUCCUGCU